GAAGUGGAGAGGAAAGGGAAGAAAAAAGAGAAAGAAAAAUGGACAAGGUCGUGAGUGGUGACAAUUUUUUGGACUGCUACUCGUCCUGGCGCUGAAUUGCUGAUGCUGCAGAAUUUGUCGUAUAGUGGUUAUUAUUAUUUUUCUUUUCCUUUAUGCAGCAAAGAAUCAGUGGUUGAUUUAAAAAUUAGAAUUUGAAUAAACUAUUUUACUUGUGGCAUAAAAAAAAGAAAGAAAUUGAAAAAUUGCAAUGAUAAAGGGGGGCAAAGAGAGGGUGAAAGUAAGCGAAAGAGAGAUGGAGAUAUGGAGGCAUCACAAGCAUGAAGCGAGAGAGAACCAGUGCACUUCCGCCCUCGUCAAGCACAUAAAGGCCCCUCUUCCCCUCGUUUGGUCUCUGCUUCGAAGGUUCGACGAGCCGCAGCAAUACAAGCCCUUCGUCAGCGGCUGCGUGCUCCAACAGGCUCACGUCAGCAUCGGCAGCGUCAGAGAGGUCAACGUUAAAUCUGGCCUCCCUGCCACCACCAGCACCGAGAGGCUGGAGCAGCUCGACGACGACCGCCACAUUCUCGCCGUCAAGAUCCUCGGCGGCGACCACCGCCUCAGGAACUACUCCUCCGUCGUCACCGCGCAUCCCGAGGUCGUCGAGGGGGCGCCCGGCACCGUGGUGAUUGAAUCGUUCCUCGUCGACGUUCCUGAUGGGAACACCAAGGACGAAACGUCUUACUUCGUGCGGGCUUUCAUCAGCUUCAACCUAAGCUCCUUGGCCACCGUUUCUGAGAGGAUGGCUGUGCAACCGUAAUCUCAUCAUCUUUUAUGCUUGUGGAGUGUGUGCAGAGUAGUCUUGUUUGUAAAUAUCUUUGUUAAAAAAUAAUAAUACUUUUGCAGCUGUCAUCACAUAUGCUACUCAUCUUAACUCCAUAUGUUAUGGCGAACUUUUCAGGGCUUUCAUCUAA